CGUAUCGCUAUCCGGGGACGCGGCCAUGGAUCUGGACGCGGACGACCCGGUGCUGGCGAAGGUGCUAGCCAUGGCGUUUUUGGGCGUGUCGUCGUUCGUGGUCGGCAGCAUGCCGAUGUGCGUGUUCGAGCGGCUGGGCAUUAAGCGGCGGGCUCGCAGCGCCGCCAACGCGGUACUCCGGUUGAUCCUGAACUUCGGGGGUGGUGUGCUGCUGUGCACCACGUUCCUGCACUUGUUGCCUGAGGUCCGGGAGGGUGUGGAGCGGCUGACCGAGGACGGUACGGUCGACCCUAGUCUGCCCGUGGCCGAACUGCUCGCCGAGCUCAUCAUGUGCGUCGGCUUCUUCUUCAUGUUCUCCGUAGAGGAGUUGGUGCACGGGUUUGACGGCCACCACCACCACCACCACCACCACCACCACCACCAGCACCAGCACGACUACCACAAUCACCAUCAUCAACAACACAACCACGAACAGAAGGUCCGUCACCACCAGCACGUUCAGCAGCAGCAGCAGCAGCAACAACAGCUCGCCGAUCAUCCGGUGAAUGCGGGCCAACAAAACCCCGUGUUCGAGAACAGUGAAGCGGUCGUAGUGUCCGGUCGUGUGGCCAACUACAAUUCGUGCACGUCCGUCGUCGAGAUAGCGGCCGCCAAAAAUCCAGACCAGCACGAACAACAGCAUAAUCAGACGCAGGAGCAGUCGACGGCCAUUUUCCGCGGCUUUCUGGUGGUCGGCGCGCUCAGCAUACACGAACUCUUCGAAGGCUUGGCCGUCGGUUUGGAGAAAGACGCCGCGCAGGUUUGGUCACUUACGGUGGCAGUGGCGUGUCAUAAGCUGGUCAUUGCGUUCUACGUUGGAUUACAAAUGCUUUCGGAUAGAACUAAGCCAUUGCUAGCACACUGUUCGAUAAUAUUAUUUGCUGUUACUUCUCCAAUAGGCAUUGGCGUGGGCACCGUAGUUAGUAAUCUUAAAGAAACAAACUCCGUGGUUAUACUAUCGGUCGUACUGCAAGGACUAGCUACUGGAACAUUGAUGUACGUGGUGUUCUUUGAAGUUCUCAAACCUUCUGUUGAACAUUUAAGUAUCAAACAAAGAAUAUUACGCCUCCUGUUUAUUGCCAUAGGUUUCAUGUCAAUGUUGUCCAUUCAGUUGAUUUUAGCUGAAUAAUACUUGUUUCAAUUAGUUUAUAUAGACAAUGUUAUACUUUAAUAUGCUCUGUACUAUAUUAUACAUUUCAGAAUGAUGAAAAAGUAGUACCUAUGUAAAUAAAGAUGCGUCUACAGAUUUGUAUCAAAAAUUAAAAUUUUGUAAAAUUAUUAAUGCAUAAUAUAAUUGUUAUAA